UAUAUACCUCACGUGUUCCUACACACCUCAUAUUAGAGUCUGCCACAUUGACAGUAUAUACGGCAAAGAAAGGUAUUGUGUUUAAUUUGUUAAUAUUUUUUUGUUUUGCCAAAAUGGAACUUAAAUUACUGGAGAGGAUGAAAAAACUUGGGUACAAUGGUCAAUUGACAGAUCCCAAUAAGUUUAAGGACGCUGUAAAACAAGGUCCAAAAUCUCCAGAAUUUACAAAGCUUGUAGCAUGGUUAGCAGAUGAGAUUGCAAUACUCAAUGAUAUUGAUGAAACUAUUCAUGCCAUAAUGUCUCCGGAUGAUUCUAGUUCUUUCCUCUUAGAGUUAAGCUGUUUUCUUAAGGAAUUAGGAUGUAUGAAUGAGAGAUUAAUGACUGGUAAUGUUAAUGCAAGAUUAGCAACUGAACAAGAUAGGUACAUUUUGUUAGAUUUUUUAGGAGCAGAAUUAAAAACUUGCAGAUUAUUAGAAUUUAGGAAGCAUAAAAGUUCAAAUUCCAUGGCUGUUGUUGUUGAAGAGAGUGACACAGCUAAAGAUCUUAAAGAUAUGUCAAUAGCUUUAAAUUUUGAAAGGCCACCAAAUGAUAUCACUUCUGAGAAACUUUUUACAAGACUGCAAAAUAAAUUGACUGAAGUGUUAAAAACAGCUCCUUCUGAGCUUGUAGGCCAACCAUUAAUUAGUCAUCAAUUCUCAGAAGCAGAUUGGAAUGAUCUUCAACAUUUACAACAAGAGUUACAUGAUGAAUACAGAAUGCGCCGUGAUAUGUUGCUCAAGAGGCUUGAUGUAACAGUACAAUCUUUUCUAUGGUCAGACAAAGUAAAAGCUCAAGAGGCUGAGUUAAAUAGACAAUAUGAAGAAACUAGGAAACUUUUGAAUGCAGAACCAGAUAUUACAUUUGCUGAUUUAUUAGCAGCAAGAGAUGAUAUUGCAUUAAUGGAGAAAACAAGCAACGCAAGUGUUAGGAAAAAUACUCAAAGUGAAAUUAAUAGAGUUAUUAUAGGAGAGGUACCAGACAGAGGUGGAAGACCAUAUGAACAGGAACCACCACCACCCGAAAUGCCACCUUGGCAAAAGGAUAGAGUACCUGGACCUUUAACUUCUGGCGGAGGUCGAGGAGGUGGUAGAGGUGGUGGGCGUGGAGGUGGCAAUUUUCAAAAUUCUAAUUCUUACACCAGUGAUAAUAGAAAUUCAUAUAGCAGUAAUACUGGUUAUGUAGACACUGGAUAUCAGGGUUCCAAUUAUGCUUCUAAUAGUGGUGCAUAUGGAGGAAAGCAAGGAGGAGGAUAUGGAGGAGGUCAAGGAGGUGGUUAUGGAGGAGGAGGUCAAGGAGGUGGUUACGGAGGAGGAGGCCAAGGAGGUGGUUACGGAGGAGGAGGCCAAGGAGGUGGUUAUGGAGGAGGAGGUCAAGGAGGUGGUUAUGGAGGAGGCGGUUACGGAGGAGGAGGUCAAGGAGGUGGUUAUGGAGGUGGAGGCCAAGGGGGUGGUUACGGAGGAGGAGGCCAAGGAGGUGGUUACGGAGGAGGAGGCCAAGGGGGUGGUUAUGGAGGAGGAAGCCAAGGAAGCGGUUACGGAGGAGGAGGCCAAGGAGGUGGUUACGGAGGAGGAGGCAAAGGAGGUGCAUAUGGAGGAGGGCAUGGUGGCAGCUAUGGUGGACAAGGAGGUGGUUAUGGAGGCGGUGGAAAUAAUACUUACGGCGGAGAUAACAGAGAUGGAGGAUACAAAUCUGAAUAUAAAGGCGGACAACAGUAUCAAAGAGGAGGUAGUGGUAAAGGAAGAGGAGGUAGAGUUCAGGGAGGCUGGAAUCAGGGUGGCGCCAAUUCUGGAACAGAUAACUAUCAGCGUGGUGGAUAUAAUCGCGGAGGAAGUCGAGGAGGACGACAAUACUAAAAUAUUUUAUGUAAAAUAUUAUUCUUAUGCUUAUAAUAGUAAUAGCAAAAAAUAUUUACAUCACAGAGCAUAAUAAUUAAUAUGAAUGAAUUUUUAUAUAACAUAUAAUUGUUUAAUUUAUAUUAUAUUUUUAAAUAUUAUGUGAAUUGAAAAUAUUAAUUCUAAACUAAAAAUGAAUUAGAAACAUUGAUACUAUUUUUGUAAGAUAAAUUAUUUACUCUUAUAGAAUUAUAAUAAUUGUUAUAUUCUACUUUAGAAUACUUUACUGUGUUCUGAAUGUUAAUUUUGGCUAUGUAUUUGUAUUUGGAUUUUGUAAAUAUGCACUUUUUUUGUACAAUGAAGAAAUGACAGAUGUGUUGAAAUUAAGUCGUAUAAUGUAAUGAUGUGAAGAGAUUAAUUGAUCGAUUAAAAUAUUUAAUUGCAUAAAAUA